UAUUUGAUUUAACUUAUGAGUCUCAUUUGCAAUGAGUUCUUCAUCCUUUUGCCUCUCCAGGUGAUCUACGCCCUCAACACCAAGAAUGACGAGCAUGAAGCGGCCAUCCAGACCCUGAAGGAAGCCCACGAGGAGGAGGUGCAGCAGAUCCUCUCGGAAACGCGGGAGAAGAUCAUGCAGUACAAGAGCAAGAUCAGCGACGAGAUGGACUUGAAGCGGCGCAUUCAGUCUCUGGAGGAGUCCAUGGAGCUGCACGAGCGGAUGAAGCGGCAGGCCCUGACGGAGUUCGAGACGUACCGCCAGCGGGUGGAGGACAUGCAGCUGUGCACGGAGGCGCAACACACGCAGCGCGUGGUCACCAUGUCCCGCGAGGUGGAGGAAAUGCGCCGCUCAUUCGAGGAGAAGCUCCGCUCCUUUGGACAGUUGCAGUCCCAGUUCGAGCAGGAGAAACAGCAGGCUCUUGAGGAGCUUCGUGCCGCACAUCGGCAAGAGGUCCAAGAACUGCUUCGCUCACACCAAAGCCAGAAUGCAAACUACAGCAAAGACCAAGAGAAACUGGGACAGCUUCACAAAGCGGAGGUGGAUUCACUGACCGAAAGAGUUGAGGAACUGAAACAGGACAAGAAGCGUCUGGUGGAGGAGUACGAGGCCAAGCUAAAUAAAGCCCAGGCUUUCUAUGAACGGGAACUGGAGGCCAUGAAGCGCACGCAGCAGAUGACUGCAGAGAACCUGCUGGCCUGGAAGAAGACUGAAGCCGAGCUGAGGAAGGAGUUCCAGGUGCAGGAAGCAGCGCUGCAGAAGACUCUGGGGAAGCUGCGCAGUGAACUGCAGCGGGUGCAGGAGGAGGCCAGGGAGAGCAGAGAGAAAUCCCACAAACUGCAGGCUUCCCUCAUUGCUGCAGAGAACAACAUCAAGGAGCUGCAUAAACAGUUGGAGGAGGUGACUAAGGACACGGAGAUCGUGGAAAUCAGGCAGAGGGAGGCGGAGUGUGAGCUGGAGGCGUCCAGAGACCGAGUGCAGCAGCAGGCCACAGAGAUCCUGCUCAAAGCCAGUCAGAUCGGAAGCCUGCAGGCCACCCAGAUGACUCACGAGGCGGUCAUUCGGGAUCUGGAAUCGGAGAAGUCUCGUCUGAAGGACAAGGUGUUGCGUCUGGAGGAGGAACGAGGGGCAUUGCAGAAGAAAAGUCAGACUCUGGAUGACAGGCAGAGACAGCAGAUCCUCUCCCUAGAGAAGUCACUUCGAGAGGAAAAGCAGAUCUAUGAGAAGGAGCUCAUGAACUUGCGUGCCAAAUAUGAAGAGGACACUGCUCACUUUAAGGAUGCCCACAGCCGGGCAUUGGAUGAAAUCUCCAGAAAGCACCGGGUCGCUCUAGAAAACACCCAGAGCGUCUCCGAGAAAGAGAGGAACCGACUCCUGUCUGAAAUGGAGGAACAGUUCGAGAAGGAACGUAGCUCUCUAGAGGAACAGAAGAGUCUUUUACGAGAGGAACUGGACAGUCUGCGAGAGGAGCUCACAGCCAAACUCAACAUGGCCAACAGUGAGGUGAAUCGACUCCAGGAACUGGUGAAGCAGGGAGAGCAGGGACUCAGUUCUGCUGAGGGACACAUCUUCAAUCUGAAGGACGCCCAGAAGAAGCUUCUAGAAGAGCUGGACGCCACGCGAGCAAGACUCAGAGAGACUAGCAACCUCCUAACAGCCCUUCAGGGAGAGAUGGAGUCUCAGAAACAACAGCACGAUGCCAAACUCAUUGCUACCAAAGAGGAAGAGAAGCUCAAAAUGGAUAAGAUGGCCCUGGAGCUCGAGCUGAAGUGGACAGAGACGCUCAGGCAGGAGUGUAAGAAACUGCGUGAGGAGCUGCGCGAAGAGCAUGAGGAGAAUAAAAGGUCAGCGCUCACUCAGCUGGCACAGAAUAAAGAUCAGGAGAUGUGCUCCGCCAGAGAGAGCUGGCAGAGGAAGGUGGAGGACCUUCUAGAGCAGAUUUCCUUGCUGAAACAGAGCCUGGAGAUGCAGCUUUCCCAAUCCCAGCAUUCCCUGCAGCAGCUGCAGGCACAGUUCAGUCAGGAGCGAGAGCACCUGGGACAGCAGCUGCAGGAAAUGGAGCUGGAGCAUCAGCGCAGGGAGCAGCGGCUGCAGGAAGCCCAUUGCUGCGCUAUGCAGGACAUGCAGGAAGCCCGCCAGCACGACCUCAAGGUAACCACAACAAAACAUAAUCUCCCACCUGUCUCACGCAGAGAGAUCGCUCUGACCCGUAUGCACGCUCUUAUCUUUUCCUUUCACCUCCUAGCUCUCUGUUAUUUGAGUUUUUAUGACUCUGUGUUCCACAUCCAGCUGACACAGAACAGCUUACGCCAUUUACGUUCAGUGGAUACUCUCCAAAAUGGCACUAGGUUGACACGGAGGCGACGAAUAGUUGAACAAAGUCUUUUUUUUUUCUUUUAUCAACGGAGGUCUUUCUGCUGGUUCCUGGACACAUUAUGUGUGACCUCUAUUACUGAUAUGCCCCACCGUCCAGGACAGGACCACACCUGGCAGUAUGAGUCUCGGCCACCAGCUGUCAAUGGAUGGAGAACGGAGGGGAUUGGUUUAUCUGCCAGUGAUGGCAUUAGGAAAUUCAGGCGAAGGAACGCUCCUCUGCUGCUAAUGGGCUCAGCAGCACUGCGGAGGAGAAAGACGGCAUCAGUCUUACCCCUCGCCACUCUGUCCUCAGAGACGAAAAUGAGCUGCCACCAUGAGCUCUCAUUCCCCCGUCUCUCUUCUAUGACCGGUGCGGCUCUGCCCCUCAAUCGACAAGCUUUUGAUCAGCAGCACACUGAAAUUCAGCCCCUCUCAGGGCAUUUCUGGGAACGUGAGCUUCUGAGUCGCAUCUCAGAUCUGCAGGAGGAGGUCAGUCGCAGGAAGAAGCAGAUUGCCGAUCUGGACCACGAGAUUCACACCCUGAACGAGAACAUCAGCACUUUGACCAAGGAGCUGGAACUCAAGGGCAAAGAGGUUUUGAAGAUCAGUAGCGAGGCCAAUCAGCAGAUCAGAGCUCAUGAGCAGGACCUGUGUAAGAAACACGAGCGUGAGAUGGCCGAGCUGAACGCUCUCCACCACAGAGAAACACAGAACAUGCUGUCAGACUUCAACAAGGCCCAGGAACUGCUGAAGGACAAGAUCUCCGCCCUGCAGAUCCUGUUGGAGGGAACAGAAGACAAAUUCCGGAACAGAGAGAGCAGGCAUGAAGAUCUGCAGACAAUAGCUGAACUGAAGGAUAUGGUGGCCGAGAGAGAAGCUUUGGUCAAGAAACUGGUGGAUGACAAAAAGUUUUACCAGCUGGAGCUUGUCAACAGAGAGACCAACUUCAACAAAAUAUUCAGUGCAAAUCCUAAUGUUGGUGUCAUUAACCCUCUUGUCAAGCAAAAGCGAAAGAACGACAAAUCAACAACCCGAUUCAGCAGCUCGGCCAAUCUUAGGGCCAAUGUGGAGGCUUCCGGGACAGGGAGCGGCCAGCCCCAGCCCAACCGCCUCGAACCCAUCCCCAACUCCCCCAUUCACCAGCUGGAGCCUAACACAAGCAAACCCCUGCCCCCGCCAACCCCUCUCACCGAACCCAAGAAAUUGACGAGCCCUCCUGAAGGAGAAGAAUCACCCGUCACCUCUCCGGACCCCCAGAGACAAGAGUGGUUCGCUCAGUACUUCUCCUUCUGACUUUUGCAAUUAAAGAGCAUGUCGACCAAACCAAACACAAAAGAAAAAAAAGUGAUAUAUUAUUUAACGACACAUCCUUUCAUUUGUUCUUUUUUUCUCCCCACUGUGAAUGGAUUUGUUGUUUUUACAGUGAUGAUAGGUAUGUUUGACAUUUAAUUUCCUGCAGUUUCUAUAGAGUGGUGCAUACGCUGCUAAUUACUAUUUGUUAAAAGAGAAAAAAAAAACAACAGUAUUGUCUCCUCUGUAUCUAAUUUUAGAAUGCCACCGUAAUGACUUUGUUACAGCUGCAUUAUCAAUUUUGGUAGGAUUAAACUGUUUGUAUGGAUGUCUCAACACAGAUAUAAUGAUGUCUCACUAAUUUUAAAAUAAAUGCAUAUUUUAUAUUUAUAUUACUGGUGUAUGCGUAAGAAUAAAUAAUUAUUGUGACAUUUAAUGAAGUGUGUCUGCUAUGUGAGUAAACUUUUACCAUUCAAGGAACCAAAAGCAAAGAACAUUUGAUUUAAAAUGCCUGUAUUUUCAUAUACAUCAACACAUAUUGCUCUGAAACAAGGAAAAAUAAACACUUUUAUUGUCA